AUGUACGCACUAACCUUGGAAGAUAUCUGUCCAGAAAUACAGGUCGUGUUCCUUCCUCACCCGGAUCCAACCCUAUGCCAUGUGUUUGUAGUGUGCCUGUUCGGUCAGCCUAUGGUCAAUGAGUGUGUGGAGGGAUUUGUAUAUGAUUCAAGUUUACUUUCCUGCAUCCCGGGUGAUCGAGAACAGUGCGUUGAUAGUUCGGAACCAAACUGGAGGCAGAUCUGCACGGAUGUAUCGUAUGCUUUCUUAGCGGAUCCGAAGUCGUGCUGGAACUUUGUGUUCUGUUCGUAUGGUACGGUAAACCACUUGACGUGUCCGGUGGGAGAAAUUUGGUCACAGCGCGAUGGUUCCUGUCUACCUGGCAAUCGGAAGACUUGUGAAUUGCAGGAGGUUAUCGAAACCUGCCAAGAUCGCUCCGAUGGUGUGUUGCCUCACCCGCACGAUUGUUCCAGAUAUUUAGAAUGUUCGCGCGGUGUAACCACGGUCGUCGAUUGCAUGCAUGGAGAAGUUUUCGACAACGUGUUCGGCAAAUGUGUAGUGGGCAACACGAAAACAUGCAGACCACACGAAGACAUAUGCAAUCAUCAACGCGAUGGAGAAGCAAUCAAACAUCCGAACGAAUGUGGUUUGUUCGUGAAGUGUGAAAAAGGCACUGCUGUACUAAGCGAAUGUCCAGCCGGGGAGAUCUUCAACAACUACGCGAAAAACUGUGCACCUGGAGAUGCAUAUACCUGUGAUGUUUCCCCAAUGGACACAAUUUGCCAUGGAAAGAAGAACGGUACGAUUAUUCCCCUCCCAGACAGCUGCGAUCGAUUCGUUCGAUGUAGUGACGGCGGUGUGCCAAUCAUAUGGAAUUGUACUGAGGGCACGAUUCUGCACGCUCCGAGCGGUGACUGUCGACCAGGAAACGUUCAAACCUGCGAGUUUAUCGAAGACGCUUGUCGCAACAAGCCCAACGGAUGGGUGAUGGAGCAUCCCAACUUCUGUCAGGUGUUUAUCCGCUGUGAAUCGCAAAGCGUGACCAUCGGACAGUGUCUGCUUGGAGAGAUCCUCCGGCCAGACGUGCAGGUCUGUGUGCCUGGCAUGCCGUUCGCCUGCACUUAUGACCCUAUUGAACGAAUGUGCAAUGGUCGCCCGGAUGGUCAAGUUUAUCCGCAUCCAACCCGCUGCCAAUCGUACAUCGGAUGUAGUAGUUCGCGUUCAUAUGUGAUGAACUGUACGUUAGGAACUAUUUACCGUGCGACGACCCAACGCUGUGUAGCCGGUAAUGCCAAUACCUGCUCGUACCUCGACGAUACGUGCGUUGGGCGACCUGAUGGAGUCAUGGCGCAUCCACAAAGCUGUGAACUCUUUCUCAAAUGCGUCGCAAAUACCACGUCAGCCUUUGACUGUCCACCAGGGCAGGUCUUCCACCCGGAGCAACUCGUCUGUACGGUGGGUAAUGUGGACGAUUGUACGAUGGCUCCGGGUACCACUGCGUCUCCAAUCGGCAUGUUUUGUCAGGACCGUCCCGAUGGAUACUACGCUCAUCCACUGGUUUGCUAUCAAUUCUUUAGCUGCAAUAAGCGUGACACGCUGAUCAUUUCAUGUCCAAACAAUUUGAUCUUUGAUGGUGCGAUUAAAAGCUGCGUUCCGGGUAAUCAUGAGAGCUGCAUACGACUGUAA